GAGCGGAGCCGGCUCUUCAUCAACCAUGGCUGAAGGGGGUGAAGGGGAAGAUGAAAUCCAGUUUCUUCGAACUGAUGAUGAAGUUGUACUUCAGUCCACUGCCAACAUCCAGAAAGAACAACGUAAAUUUUGUCUUUCAGCUGAAGGAUUUGGUGGACGUUUGUGUUUUCUAGAGCCUACUUCAGAAGCUAAGUAUGUCCCUCCUGAUCUCUCCAUCUGUGUUUUUGUACUGGAGCAGUCACUGUCUGUCAGAGCUUUACAGGAGAUGUUAACCAGUACAAGUGAAAAGAACAAUGAAGGGGGCUCUGUCAAAAGAAGUUCCAUCAGUACCAAGAAGAAAAAAUCUCUGAGGAAGUUUAUGAUAAAGACUCAAGGUGGCGGCCAUAGGACCCUUCUUUAUGGUCAUGCUAUUCUCCUCCGGCAUGCAUACAGUGGAAUGUACUUGACUUGUUUGACUACAUCAAGGUCUUUAACAGACAAACUUGCUUUUGAUGUUGGGCUGCAAGAAGAUUCAACAGGCGAGGCAUGUUGGUGGACCAUUCACCCUGCUUCCAAACAAAGGUCUGAAGGAGAGAAAGUACGGAUUGGUGACGACCUUAUCCUGGUCAGUGUUUCAUCAGAGCGAUAUCUGCACCUUUCCAUUUCCAACGGUUCUAUACAAGUAGAUGCCUCCUUCAUACAGACAUUAUGGAAUGUACAUCCCAUAAGUUCAGGCAGUGGUAUUGCAGAAGGGUUUCUAAUUGGGGGACAUGUUCUACGUCUUUUUCAUGGUCAUGACGAGUGUUUGACCAUCCCUUUUACAGACCAGAAAGAUGAUGAGGAUUAUGUAACAGUUAACUAUGAAAGUGGGGAAGCAGGUACUUAUGCCAGAUCAUUAUGGCGUGUGGAGCCUCUUCGGAUAAGUUGGAGUGGCAGUCACAUUAAGUGGGGCCAGUCUUUCCGUCUACGGCACCUCACAUCAGGUCUGUAUCUGGGCUUAGUUGAAGAUCAAGGCCUGGUGCUGCUGGAACAAGCCAAGUCCGACAUCAAUGCAACAUCGUUCUGUUUAAGAAUUUCAAAGGAAAAACUAGAUUUGCAGCCAAAGCGAGACACGGAAGGAAUGGGAGCCCCUGAAAUCAAGUAUGGUGAUUCGAUUUGCAUUCUUCAGCAUGUUACUAGUAAGCUGUGGUUGACUUACCGGGCUCCAGAUGCCAAGUCAGCACGGUUAGGGCCUAUAAAACGCAAGGUCAUACUUCACCAAGAGGGACACAUGGAUGAUGGUGUCAUUUUGCAACGUUGUCAGAGCGAAGAAUCUCGGGCAGCCCGUAUCAUACGCAAAACGACCAACUUAUUCAGUCAGUUUAUCAGGGGUCUUGAUUGUCUCAGUAAAAGCACGCCAGUCAGAUUACCCAUCAAAGAAGUUGAGGAAGCUUUGCUGGACCUUAUCAUUUACUUCCAUCCUCCAGAGGAAGAUUUGAAGCACGAAGAUAAGCAGUACAAGCUGCGCUCUCUCAGAAACAGGCAGAACCUAUUUAAAGAAGAGGCAAUGCUGAGAUUGGUCCUGAAUUGCAUUGACCGGCUGAAUAUCUACCAUAGUGCGGCACAUUUUGCAGAAUUUGCUGGUGAAGAAGCUGGAACAGCAUGGAAAGAUAUUUUGAAUUUGCUUUAUGAACUGCUCGCUGCUCUGAUACGUGGUAACCGUAGCAACUGUGCCAAGUUUGCGAAAAACCUGGACUGGUUGGUCAGUAAAUUAGACAGAUUGGAAUCUUCGUCAGGUAUCCUCGAGGUGUUGCAUUGCAUCUUGAUUGAAAGUCCUGAAGCCCUCAAUGUGAUUAAAGAAGGGCAUAUCAAAUCCAUUAUUUCAUUAUUGGAUAAACACGGACGCAACCACAAGGUGCUGGACCUGCUGUCUUCCCUAUGUGUGUGCAAUGGUGUUGCUAUACGAGCUAAUCAAAAUCUGAUCUGUGAUAUUCUACUACCUCGUCGUGAUUUACUGCUGCAAACUCGAUUAGUUAACAAUGUAACAAGCAUAAGGCCUAACAUUUUCUUGGGAACUAGUGAAGGAUCAGCCCAGUACAAGAAAUGGUAUUAUGAGAUGGUCGUUGAUCGGGUCAAUCACUUUUUGACUGCAGAUCCCAUUCACCUGCGUGUUGGCUGGGCAUCUAUGAAGGGAUAUGCUCCCUACCCUGGGGGUGGGGAAGGCUGGGGAGGUAACGGAGUGGGAGACGACAUGUAUUCCUAUGGAUUUGAUGGACUUCACUUGUGGUCAGGUCGAGUGGCCAGAGCUGUAACAUCCGCUAAUCAGCACGCACUGAACUCCGACGAUGUUGUUAGCUGUUGCCUGGAUUUAGGUGUUCCUAGUAUAUCCUUCCGCAUUAAUGGACAACCAGUGCAAGGGAUGUUUGAGAGCUUCAACACUGAUGGCCUAUUCUUCCCUGUAGUCAGCUUUUCUGCAGGUGCCAAGGUACGUUUUUUGAUUGGCGGUCACCAUGGAGAUUUUAGGUUCUUGCCUCCCCCGGGAUAUGCCCCUUGCUAUGAAGCACUGCUACCAAAGGAGAAGCUGAGACUGGAGCCAAUCAAAGAAUACAAGAGAGAUUAUAAUAGUGUUCGAGAUUUACUCGGGACAACAAGCCAUCUUUCCCAGGCCUCCUUCAUCCCCAAGCCUGUAGAUACCAGCCAGAUUGUUUUACCUUCACAUCUUGAGAAAGUACAGAAUAAACUGGCUGAAAACAUUCAUGAACUUUGGGCAAUGAACAAAAUUGAGCUUGGCUGGACGUAUGGGAAGGUACGAGAUGAUAACAAGAGGCAGCACCCUUGUUUGGUGAAUUUUGAUAAACUACCAGAACAAGAGAGAAACUACAAUUUACAAAUGUCCCUUGAAACUUUAAAGACCUUACUGGCUUUUGGCUGUCACGUUGUUCACAUUAAGCCAAAAGCUGAAGAAGACUUACAAAGAAUGAAACUCCCCAAAAAUUACAUGAUGUCAAACGGCUAUAAGCCCGCUCCGCUGGACCUUUCAGAUGUCAAACUACUCGCUGCCCAAGACGUUCUGGUUGACAAGCUAGCAGAAAAUGCGCACAAUGUCUGGGCUAAAGACAGAAUCAAGCAAGGAUGGACCUAUGGCAUCCAACAGGAUAUCAAGAACAAAAGGAACCCUCGACUUGUGCCAUAUAGCCUCCUUGAUGAGCGAACCAAAAAGUCAAACAGAGACAGUUUACGUGAAGCAAUCCGCACUUUAAUUGGCUAUGGUUACAAUAUUGAACCUUCUGACCAGGAAUCCGCUGGCGAAACUGUGGAAAAAAUUAGCAUCGACAAGAUCCGUUUCUUCCGGGUGGAGGAGACCUACGCAGUCAAGAUGGGAAAGUGGUACUUUGAGUUCGAGGCAGUGACAGCAGGAGAAAUGCGUGUUGGCUGGGCAAGGCCAGCUUGCAGGCCUGAUAUAGAACUCGGUGCUGACAGGAAUGCUUUUGUGUUUAACGGCUAUAAGGCUCAAUGUUGGCACCAAGGUGCAACUUACUUUGGUCGCGUCUGGCAGCCUGGUGAUGUGGUUGGCUGCAUGAUUGAUAUGAAUGAUAAAUCAAUGAUAUUUACUCUGAAUGGAGAACUGCUCAUCACUAAUAGUGGCUCAGAACUCGCCUUUACAGAUUUUGAAAUAGAAGAUGGUUUAAUCCCAAUUUGUUGUCUGGGCCUGUCUCAGAUAGGUCGCAUGAAUUUUGGCAUGGAUGCGACCACUUUCAAGUACUACACCAUGUGUGGUUUACAGGAGGGUUUUGAACCUUUUUCAGUAAACAUGAACCGUGAUGUAGCUAUGUGGUUCAGUAAACGAUUACCUCACUUUGUCCCUGUACCAAAAGAUCACCACCAUAUUGAGGUAACAAGGAUUGAUGGGACUGUAGACAGCCCACCCUGUUUAAAAGUCAGCCAUAAAACCUUUGGCACGCAAAACUGCAUUACUGAAAUGACAUACUACCGUUUGAGUAUGCCUGUCGAGUUCCGUUCAGCUUAUAAACGAGAAGGAAUUCCACAUAUGGCUCAUGACGAUGGACCUCAGAAUGCGGAUGCAGUGUUGGGAAAGACUAAAUUACGGGGCGCAAAGCUGAGUCGUGAUUUUCCUGGAGUUAGAGAGGACCAAGAAGCUGUUAAAAAAUCUACAAUGUAUUAUUAUGCAGUGAGAAUAUUUGCAGGCCAAGAUCCAUCUCUUGUGUGGAUUGGCUGGGUAACUCCUGAUUACCAUUACUACGGCAAAACAUUUGAUGUGAAUAAAAAUCGGACAGUCACUGUUACUCUGGGUGAUGAGAAAGGCAGAGUUCAUGAAAGUGUGAAGCGGUGUAAUUGUUACAUGGUUUGGGGAGGAGACAUUGUUGGCAGCUCAAAGGGAUCUAGCAGCAGUAGUGCUGACAUUGAAAUUGGAUGUUUCAUCGAUCUAACAACGGGCCAGUUAACAUUCACUGCAAAUGGAAAAGAACUCAGUACCCAUUACCAGAUUGAACCCAACUCGAAGUUAUUCCCAGCUGUCUUUAUGCAGGCUACGAGUCCAAAUAUGAUCCAGUUUGAACUUGGAAAAUCAAAGAAUGAUAUGCCUCUGUCUGCGGCUAUAUUUAAGAGUGAAGAAAAGAAUCCUAUUCCGCAGUGCCCUCCUCGACUUGAUGUGCAGAUGAUCACUCCUGUUCAGUGGAGUAGAAUGCCCGACGACUUCCUCAAAGUGGAGACAGCGCGGAUUAGCGAUCACCAUGGCUGGAUAGUGCAGAGCCUCGAACCAUUGCAGAUGAUGGCGCUGCACAUCCCUGAGGAGAAUAGGUGUAUAGAUAUUUUAGAGCUGGCUGAAAAUCAAGAUCUCAUGAAGUUCCAUUACCACACACUCAAACUCUACUGUGCUCUCUGUGCUGUGGGUAAUACUCGUGUAGCCCAUGUGCUUUGUAGCCACAUUGAUCAAGCUCAACUUCUGUAUACAAUUGAGAACAAAUACCUGCCGGGGCUUUUGCGUGGUGGUUUCUAUGACCUCCUUUUAAGCAUUCACUUGGAAUCAGCAAAAGAAGCCAGAUUAAUCAUGAAUAAUGAAUUCAUCAUCCCCGUAACUGAUGAAACCAGGAGUAUAACAUUAUUUCCAAAUGAAAAUCGGGCGUAUGGACUUCCUGGAGUUGGACUCAGCACCUGUUUAAGACCUCGAUUAAACUUCUCAAUGCCCUGUUUUGUUAGCACCAGUGAGAAUAAACAACAGUACAGUCCAAAGUUACCAUUUAACAUUCUUAAGGUGAAAGCAAUUGAGAUGCUCACAGAAGCUGUGACAGGCGGUGGCCCCCACAUUAGAGAUGCUGUUGGGGGAAGUGUAGAGUUUCAACUUGUUCCCAUUCUCAAAUUGGUUAAAACCAUGCUGAUCACUGGCAUGUUCGACGAUAACGACGUCCAAAAGAUCCUGCUUCUGAUUGACUCUGACUUGUUUAGCGAGCACCAAGAAAAGUCAGUGGAAGAGGACAAAACAGAAAAGGAGGUAGCCGCCAAAAAUGAAGAAAAGGCUGUAGAGGCUGGUGAAGAAGCAACGCAGGCAGUUCAGUCACCUUUAAAAGGAUUGCUGGAAAAGAGUUUACCAGAGCCUGUGAAACUUCAGAUGUGUGAACUGCUGCACUACUUCUGUGAUUGUGAACUCCGACAUCGAGUUGAAGCCAUCGUUUCUUUCGCAGACAAGUUUGUUGUGAAGCUGCAAAGCAACCAGAAGUUCCGAUAUGAUGAACUUAUGCUAGCCUUCAACAUGUCUGCAGCCUUGACUGCCAAGAAGACGAAAGAGUUCCGUUCACCACCUCAAGAACAGAUUAACAUGUUGCUGAACUUUAGGAAUGAUGAUGACUCCACUUGCCCUGAAGACAUGCGUGAAGAGCUAUGUGACUUCCAUGAUGACCUUCAAACACAUUGUGGUAUCCCAUUUGAAGAAGAGGAGGAGGAAGAUAAAGAUGAAUCUCUGAUGGGCAAGUUACUUUAUCUCGUGCAUAAAAUCAAAGGAAAGCCGAAGAAAAUCGAGGAAAAACCAAGUGAAGAGGAAGAAAAAGCCCCCACCAACCUGACACAACUUAUCUCACAGACUAUCGUGCACUGGUCUCAAGAGUCGUACCUUCAAGAUCCAGAACUCAUUAAAACCAUGUUCAGCCUGUUGCGCCGGCAGUAUGAUGCGAUUGGUGAGCUGCUGCAAGCUAUGCGGAAAGCAUAUACCAUCAGUGCGGCCUCUGUCCAGGAAACUGUCAGUCUGCUGGUUUCCCUGGGUCGGAUUCGAUCCCUCCUCAGUGUGAGAAUGGGGAAGGAAGAAGAAACACUUAUGAUUCGCGGAUUAGGGGAUAUCAUGAACAACAAAGUAUUCUAUCAACAUCCAAACUUAAUGAGAGUGCUAGGUAUGCAUGAGACUGUCAUGGAUGUCAUGGUGAACGUGCUUGGAGGAAAUAAGUUACAGGAGAUCACGUUCCCCGAAAUGGUGGCAAGCUGCUGUCGAUUCCUCUGCUACUUCUGUCGCAUUAGUCGCCAAAACCAGAAGGCCAUGUUUGAUCACCUCAGUUACUUGCUGGAAAAUAGCAGUGUUGGACUGGCAUCGCCCAGCAUGCGAGGUUCUACUCCUUUGGAUGUGGCAGCUGCCUCUGUAAUGGACAACAACGAGCUUGCCCUGGACUUGCAGGAACCUGACUUGGAUAAGGUUGUGACCUAUCUGGCUGCCUGUGGUUUACAAAGCUGCCCCAUGCUAGUGGCUAAGGGUUAUCCUGAUAUUGGUUGGAAUCCCAUUGAAGGGGAACGUUACCUGCUUUUCCUACGAUUUGCAGUGUUUGUAAAUGGUGAAAGUGUUGAAGAAAAUGCAAGUGUUGUUGUGAAGUUGCUGAUUCGCCGUCCAGAGUGCUUUGGGCCUGCUCUGAGGGGUGAAGGGGGACAUGGCUUGCUAGCAGCAAUGAAAGAUGCGAUCCAAAUCUCAGAAGAUCCAUGUCGUGACCUCCCUCCUACCGAAGCUAAGAAAGUUGGUAGUGAAGAGGAGGAUGAAGAAGUUGUACACAUGGGUAAUUCUAUCAUGUCCUUCUAUUCUGCUCUGAUUGAUCUUCUAGGCCGAUGUGCUCCAGAGAUGCAUCUAAUCCAAGCGCACAAGGGUGAAGCCAUUCGAAUCCGAGCAAUACUUCGUUCCCUGGUGCCAACUGACGAUCUGGUGGGCAUUAUUAGUAUACCACUGAAAUUGCCAGUUGUUAAUCAAGAUGGAACUAUUUCCGAGCCAUCUAUGUCUGCAAGUUUCUGUCCCGACCACAAGGCACCCAUGGUAUUGUUUCUGGACCGUGUUUAUGGUGUCGAGGACCAAAGUUUCCUACUUCAUUUGCUGGAAGUUGGAUUUUUACCUGAUUUAAAAGCAUCUGCCUCCCUUGAAUCAGCUGCUUUGGGUACUUCAGAGACUGCUCUUGCCCUUAAUAGAUAUAUCUGCUCGGCAGUGCUCCCACUACUCACAAGAUGUGCACCUCUUUUUGCUGGGACUGAACACUUUGCCUCUGUAAUAGACUCCACACUGCACACAAUCUACCGACUGUCCAAAGGACCUGGUCUUACCAAAGCCCAGAGAGAGUCUAUAGAAGAGUGUUUGCUAUCAAUAUGCCGGUACCUUCAACCUUCUGUGUUGCAACCACUUCUGCGCCGUUUUGUGUUUGAUGUUCCUAUGCUUACUGAGUACUGUAAAAUGCCUUUAAAGCUUCUAGCCAGCCACUAUGAGCAGAGUUGGAAAUACUAUUGCUUGGCAUCAGGAUGGGGCAGUUAUGGAAGUGCAACUGAUGAAGAAUUGCACCUCACCAAAAAGUUGUUCUGGAGAAUUUUAGAUGCACUCUCUACAAAGAAAUAUAACCCCGAACUCUUUAAAAUGGCCUUGCCAUGCCUGAGUGCAAUAGGAGGGGCUCUGUCACCCGAUUUUGUGGAUUCGAGCUUCUCAGUUGUGUUGGAUAGGCAGGCUUCGGUGGAUGAAGAAGGCAACUUUGACCCGAAACCUAUCAACACUGCUAACAUUUCAAUUCCAGAGAAGUUGGAGUACAUUGUCAACAAAUAUGCAGGACACCUGCAUGAGAAGUGGGCUCUUGAAAGGAUGCAAAAUGGAUGGACAUAUAGCGAUUCAAUCAAUGAAAAUAUGAAGACUCAUCCUUUACUGAGACCCUAUAAAACUUUAACAGAAAGGGAAAAGGAAUUUUAUCGCUGGCCGGCCAAGGAAUCUUUUCGAGUCAUGUUGACUUUGAAUUGGAACGUUGAAAGGGCGAAAGAGAGUGAGGCUAUGAUCCAGCACCUGGAAAGUGAGAAAUUGCGCAAAGUUUCACAGAAUUCAGGAGGAUACACCCCUGUUCCCGUCGACUUGUCUAAUGCUCUGCUCUCCAGAGAGAAUCAGGCUAUGACAGAGGUUAUGGCAGAAAACUACUACAACAUAUGGGCCAAAAAGAGAAAAGCAGAGUUAGAAAGCAAAGGUGGUGGCAGCCAAACCUCACUUAUGCCCUAUGACACUUUGACUGCCAAGGAAAAAGCUCGAGAUCGGGAUAAGGCCAAUGAGCUCUUCAAGUUCCUCCAAGUAAAUGGCUACGCAGUUUCCAGAGGCUUAAAGGAUAUAGAAUUGGACUCCUCUUCUUUUGAGAAGCGAUUUGCUUAUAAAUUCUUGGUAAAGGUUCUACAGUGUGUUGACUCAGCUCAGGAGUUUAUUGCACAUUUAGAGGCUAUUGUCAGUAGUGGUAAAGCAGAUAAAUCUCAUGAGCAGGAGAUAAAGUUUUUUGCCAAGAUUCUCCUGCCUCUGAUUGAUGAAUAUUUUAAGAACCACUCUAUGUACUUCUUAUCCUCUCCAACCAAGAGUCUCAGCGGUAGUGGAUAUGCAUCUAACAAAGAAAAGGAAAUGAUAGCAAGUAUUUUCUGCAAACUUGCAGCUCUUGUCAGACAUAGGAUCUCUCUCUUUGGCAGCGAUUCUGGUACAAUGGUAAACUGUUUACAUAUCUUGGCUCGGACACUGGACCCUAGAACUGUCAUGAAAUCUGGUUCAGAGUUGGUGAAAGCCGGUCUGCGUUCAUUCUUCGAAAGUGCAGCAGAAGACCUGGAAAAAACACUGGAAAAUCUGAAACUUGGAAAAUUCACUCAUUCACGAUCUCAACUCAAGGGGGUUACUCAGAACAUCAAUUACACCACUGUUGCUCUGUUACCUGUGCUAACUUCACUGUUUGACCAUUUUAGUCAAGAUCAGUUUGGAAUCGACAUAAUCUUGGAUGAUGUCCAAGUGUCAUGCUAUAGGAUCCUGUGCAGCUUGUAUGCCUUAGGAACAGGGAAGAACGUUUAUGUUGAAAGACAGCGACCAAUUCUUGGGGAAUGCCUCGCCACACUUGCAGCAGCUAUGCCAGUGGCUUUUCUUGAGUCUUCUAUCAACAUACACAACCCACACUCGGUUUUCAAUACAAAAACACCUCGAGAACGAAUCAUUCUAGGCUUGCCAGACACUGUCGAGGAAGUAUGCCCAGAGAUGCCUCAGCUAGAGGUGUUAAUAAAGGAUAUCCAUGACAUGGCAGAGUCUGGAGCCAGAUACACUGAGAUACCUCAUAUAAUUGAAGUUAUUCUGCCCAUGUUGUGUAAUUAUCUGUCGUAUUGGUGGGAAAGAGGCCCUGAGAACAAUCCUGAUGGGAAUUGCUGUACUGUAGUCACUUCUGAACAUCUUAGUGUGAUCUUGGGCAAUAUCCUGAAAAUUUUGAACAAUAACCUGGGCAUUGAUGAUGCUUCCUGGAUGAAGAGACUUGCAGUGUAUGCUCAGCCAAUCAUUAGCAAAGCUAAACCUGAACUGCUGAAAAACCAAUUCAUACCAACCCUGGAAAAACUGAAGAAGAAAUCACUAAAGGUUGCAAUAGAGGAAGAACAAAUGAAAGCAGAAGUCAAGUCAGAUACCCAGGAGGCUGAGCUGCAAAUUUUGGAUGAGUUUGCUGUCCUCUGCCGAGAUCUCUAUUCUUUCUACCCAAUUUUGAUCCGCUACGUAGAUUACAACAGGGCAAGAUGGCUAAAGGAACCAGAUGCAGAUGCUGACGAGCUUUUCCACAUGGUGGCUGAGAUUUUCAUCCUGUGGUGUAAAUCACACAAUUUCAAGCGGGAGGAACAGAACUUUGUCGUUCAGAAUGAAAUCAACAACAUGGCUUUCCUGAUAGCAGAUAAUAGGAGCAAGAUGUCCAAGGCUGAAGGGCAAGGCCAAGAAAGGAAAAAAAUAAAGCGCAGAGGUGACUAUUACUCAAUACAGACCUCCCUGAUUGUGGCUGCCGUUAAAAAGUUGCUUCCGAUUGGUUUAAAUAUGUGCACUGCAGGAGACCAAGAGUUAAUCUCAUUGGCCAAACAGAGAUACAGCCUGAAAGACACAGAUGAAGAAGUUAAAGAGUUCCUUACAAGUAACAUGCAUUUACAGGAUAAGUCUGAUGACCCAGCAGUUAGAUGGCAGCUUAACUUAUAUAAAGACGUCGCCAGGUCAGAAGAGAGGACAGAUCCUCAGAAGGUUGUGGAACGUCUGCAAAAGAUUUCAGCCGCUGUUUUUCAUUUGGAACAGGUGGAGCAGCCAUUACGAUCAAAGAAGACAGGAUGGCAUAAGCUGUUAUCCAAACAACGCAAACGGGCAGUGGUCGCUUGCUUCAGGAUGGCGCCACUGUAUAAUCUGCCAAGACACAAAAUUAACAUUUACUUCCUGAACUCCUAUCAACACCUGUGGCUGGAAAAGCUACAUAAGAACACUGACUUUGAAAGUCUUAUCGUCUAUUUGACGAAAUCCGCUACAGUAUCAGAAGAGGAGGAAGACGUGUCUGACAAGAAACCUGAUCCACUCCAUCAGCUUAUAUUACACUUCAGUCGUAGUGCUCUCACUGAAAGAAGUGCCAUUGAAGAUGACCCCCUGUACCUUGCAUAUGCAGACAUGAUGGCAAAGAGCUGUCAAGUUGCUGAGGAGGAAGAUGGAGAGAAAGAGAAAACUUUCGAAGAAAAGGAAAUGGAGAAACAAAUGACUCUUUAUCAACAAGCAAGACUUCACCAGCGUACAGCAGCUGAGAUGGUUUUGCAAGUGAUCAGUGCCAGCAGAGGUGUACUAGGCCAGAUGGUGACAACAACCUUGAAGCUUGGUAUUGCCAUUCUGAAUGGUGGUAACCCAGAUGUCCAGCGGAUAAUGUUGGACUAUUUGAAGGAGAAGAAAGAAAGCGGUUUUUUCAGAAGUCUGUCUGGACUGAUGCGUUUCUGCAGCAUUCUUGACUUGAAUGCUUUUGAGAGACGAAACAAAGCAGAAGGUUUGGGAAUGGUGACUGAAGAUGGAACACUCAUUGUUCGUGAACAUGGUGAAAAAGUUUUGCAGAAUGAUGAAUUUACUCGGGAUUUGUUUCGCUUUUUGCAACUGCUAUGUGAGGGGCAUAACUAUGAUUUCCAGAAUUACCUGAGGACACAAACAGGAAACACAACGACAGUGAAUAUCAUUAUCAGCACUGUUGACUAUCUUCUGCGCCUUCAGGAGUCAAUCAGUGAUUUCUAUUGGUAUUACUCAGGAAAAGAUGUCAUGGAUGGACAAGGCCAGCGCAACUUCUCAAAAGCGUUAGCUGUAUCCAAACAAAUCUUCAACUCACUUACUGAGUAUAUUCAGGGCCCUUGCAUUGGUAACCAGCAGAGUUUAGCCCACAGCAGGCUCUGGGAUGCAGUGGUCGGUUUUCUUCAUGUUUUUGCAAAUAUGCAAAUGAAGCUUUCUCAGGAUUCCAGCCAGAUUGACCUGCUGAAGGAGUUAUUGGAUCUCCAGAAAGAUAUGGUGGUGAUGCUGUUAUCACUGCUGGAAGGUAAUGUUGUAAAUGGAACAAUAGGCAAACAGAUGGUAGACACGUUGGUUGAAUCUUCCAGCAAUGUGGAAAUGAUUCUGAAGUUCUUUGAUAUGUUUCUUAAAUUAAAGGAGAUAACCACUUCUGAUACAUUUAAAGACUAUGACCCAGAUGGUAAAGGAAUAAUGUCCAAAAAGGAAUUUCAGAAAGCUUUAGAGGGUCAGAAGAAAUACACACAAUCAGAAAUAGAGUUCCUACUGUCUUGUGUUGAAGCAGAUGAAAAUGAUAUGUUUAACUAUAUAGAAUUUAUUGACCGAUUCCAUGAACCAGCCAAGGACAUUGGUUUUAAUGUGGCUGUAUUACUGACCAACUUAUCUGAACACAUGCCCAAUGACAGCCGCCUGACAACCCUUUUGCAACCAGCACAAAGCGUCCUUACAUACUUUGAGCCCUUUUUAGGGCGCAUUGAGAUCAUGGGUGGUGCAAAACGCAUAGAAAGGGUUUACUUUGAAAUCAGCGAAUCAAGCAGGUCGCAAUGGGAGAAACCUCAAGUCAAAGAGUCCAAAAGGCAGUUCAUCUUCGAUGUUGUGAAUGAAGGAGGGGAAUCGGAAAAAAUGGAGCUCUUUGUGAAUUUCUGUGAGGACACCAUAUUUGAAAUGCAGCUGGCAUCUGAAAUCUCUGAACCUGAUUCAGCUGACCGAGCAGACGAUGAUGAAGAUGAGUCUCUCCCAUCUGAAGAAGCGGAAGAUGAAGAGGUGCCUGAGUCCUCAAAUGCUUUUGCAGCAGCUUGUCAUGAUUUCAAAAUUCGCUUAUUCAAAUUUUUCAGCAUCUUCACAUUUAAAAAUAUCAGAAGGCAGUGCAAGAAAAUUAAGAGGAUGACAACCAUGGAGUUAUUAAUGGCAUUUUUCUCCUUCUUCUGGACACUGUUCAUUAGCCUUGUCUUGUUUAUUUUCAACCUUGUACAAGGGCUUUUCCAGAUUGUAUGGGCUACCAUGUUUGGGGGCGGCUUGGUCGAAGGUGCCAAAAACAUCACAGUCACUGACCUCCUAGCUAGCAUGCCUGAUCCAACACAACUUGGAAUUCACGGGGAUGUGGUGGAAUCAGAAAGAGCAGAAAUUCCUGAGGCAAGGGUUGUAGCAGAGCUUGAGACAAUAGUCCAAGGUGAGAAAAGUGAAGCAGAGAUGAUGCCCGACAUGUUUGGUACGGGUAUAAGAAAAGGAGGCAAAGCAGGGGGCGACACGCACGGAGGUCUUGGCGAUGUCUCAGAAAUUAUUGGAACAGAGAGCCUCCCUGGCAUUGAAAAAGCAUUGCAGCAACAAAAGAAAUCAGAGGUCGAACUAAGCAGCAAAGCUGAGAAUAAAACAGAGGCUGAGAAGGCUGACACAGAGGAUGGCGAGAAGAAGGACAAGGCCAAAGAGGAACAGCCAAUUGAAAGCGAGGGAAAAGAUCACAAGGAGAAAAAGAGACGACACGGUCAGAAGAAGAAAGAGCCCGAGGCAUUCUUGGCAAACUUCCGGGAGGGACUGGAAAUUUACCAAACCAAAACUGUGAAUUAUCUGGCCAGGAAUUUCUACAACCUGAGAUUGCUAGCUCUGUUUGAGGCAUUUGCCAUCAAUUUCAUUCUGCUCUUCUACAAGGUGACUGAGCCUCCAGCUGAUGAUGAGGAGGGUGACUUCAGUUUCUGGAACAAUGAUAAUGUAGAUUACUACGUGUUACAGGAGACUACAGGAUACAUGGCCCCAACACUGACAUUUCUUGCUAUUAUUCACACUAUCAUCUCAAUGCUUUGUAUCAUAGGGUACUACGUAUUGAAGGUCCCCCUUGUAGUCUUCAAGCGUGAAAAGGAGAUUGCCAGAAAGCUGGAGUUUGAUGGGCUGUACAUAACAGAGCAGCCAUCUGAAGAUGAUGUUAAAGGCCAGUGGGAUCGUCUGGUCAUCAACACACCAUCCUUCCCUAACAAUUAUUGGGACAAGUUUGUCAAAAGAAAGGUUAUUAAUAAAUAUGGAGAUCUUUAUGGAACUGAACGCAUUGCUGAACUCUUGGGUGUGGACAGAAGUGCUUUAGAUUUUAGUCCCAUUGAAAAGCCCCCAGAGCAAGAAGCAACGCUGGUUUCAUGGUUGAGUUCCAUUGAUUUAAAAUACCAUAUCUGGAAGCUUGGAGUUGUGUUCACGGACAAUUCAUUCCUAUAUCUGGCUUGGUACACAACCAUGUCUAUUUUGGGUCACUACAACAACUUUUUCUUUGCUGCCCAUUUGUUGGAUAUUGCCAUGGGAUUUAAGACGCUCCGUACCAUAUUGUCAUCUGUAACUCACAAUGGCAAGCAGCUUGCACUGACGGUUGGCCUCUUGGCAGUCGUAGUGUACCUAUACACAGUGGUUGCUUUCAACUUCUUCCGCAAAUUCUACAACAAGAGUGAGGAUGAAGAUGAACCUGACAUGAAAUGUGAUGAUAUGAUGACGUGCUACUUGUUCCACAUGUAUGUGGGUGUCAGAGCUGGAGGUGGCAUUGGAGAUGAAAUUGAAGACCCUGCUGGUGAUCCUUCUGAAAUGUAUCGGAUUAUCUUUGAUAUCACGUUCUUCUUCUUUGUCAUUGUCAUCCUACUAGCUAUUAUUCAGGGUUUGAUUAUUGAUGCUUUUGGUGAGCUGAGAGACCAACAGGAGCAAGUGCGAGAAGACAUGGAGACCAAAUGCUUUAUUUGUGGAAUCGGCAAUGAUUACUUCGACACUAUACCACAUGGUUUUGAGGUACAUACACUACAAGAGCACAACCUUGCAAACUACCUGUUCUUCAUGAUGUACCUCAUAAAUAAAGAUGAAACUGAACACACAGGUCAGGAGUCUUUUGUAUGGAAGAUGUAUCAAGAGCGCUGUUGGGAUUUUUUCCCUGCUGGAGACUGUUUCCGCAAACAGUAUGAAGAUCAGCUUGGCUAAAUGAAAACAUUUCUUGAAUUAACCUACACAUGGAACUUGGCAUGCGUAUAUAAUGGAGAGAAAAAAAAAAAAUCGAGUGAGCGGGUAUUUACAAUUCCGAGGCAAAAUGAGAAUAAAUGUGAAAGGUGUUGAAAAUACAACUGUCUUAAAACGCAGUGACAUUCAGCUUUUAAGUACCCAAACCGUAAUAUGCAUCAGAAUUGGAAGUGUUAUGAAGAUAUUUUAAGUUAACUUUCUCUGUGGCACUUGAUUAAGUGAAUAGAUGGAUCCACAGUAAAGCAAGGGUUACAAACUGCAAGAAAACAUUGGAAAAAAAUGUGCCUUACCUGUAGCGAAGCUAUGCAACACUAUGUAUGUUCUGUUUUCUAGUUCAUGCUCUUCAGAAAAGCUUUCUUAGAAUGUGUUCUCUUUGUUCACAAUGUUGAGUCUUAUUGUAUGUAUGACCUUAAGCCUGAUCUCAUUGUGCUUGUCACAGCAGCAGCUGAGCUGAUAACUUAUAAAGUUGUCGCUGGAUAUGACAUUUAAUUUUGUGAAAUUCUGUAAUACUUAAUAUUACUUGUGCAUUGGCUGUGUGCUUCCUUGUACCCCUUUCCUUCAAACAAAAAGUAAUCACAACCUAAAAGCUUCAAUUUCAAAUCAUUCAGCAUUUAAGAGAAAUGAACUGGUCAGUGCUGACUGUUUGCGAUGUGAUGCACAGUUUUGAAAUAAAGCGAAUGAAAUUCAA